CAGUAUUUAUUUGUAUAGUUUUAAAAAUUUGACGCCAUUAUAAUAGGUAGUUAUUUUGUAUAUGCGAGCAAUGUUCAACGUUGUGAAAUAUGUAAAAUCAAGUCUGUGAUUAAUUAUCUCAGAUUAAGCAUGACUUGAACUGUGAUACCUCUUUCACUUCUCUACCCCAAAUAUUAAUGAAGUUAGAGCAGAUUUUAGACCGUAAAAUAGUGCCUUUUGUCCCUACUGCUUUAACACUGAGUCCAGACAAAAGCUGUCAUCAGACCCACGGACCUUGGUGGAUAAAGGCAUGAUGAGUCAAGAAACACGCAGUCCUAUGACAGGUCCUGCUAGCCUGAACCAUAAAUGGAACCAUAAACGCCCUCAGGUCCACUGGGCGGAUGACACUUUAAGCGAUGAUAACCAUGUGAGUGAAGAGGCUUGCAAAUUGGCAACACAGAGGAUGUCCACCCCAAAACAUGCCGAUGUGCUUGAGCCUAGCACAUUCUUAGUCAGAGAUGAGGAAGAAGACCCAAAUGACCUGGCUUUCCUCUAUAUGUCUGGCAUGUCUCUCAUGGAGAGCGAGUUGUCAGAUGAAGAACUCAUCCUGGAGAAGACCAAGGACUCUGGGAUUGCCGUGGGUGCAGAUAGUGAAGCCUGUCCUGCUAACCUUGUAAAGAGUUUCACUAAAAUGUCGGCAGCACUGGAAACUUCCUCUUCACCUUUGCCAGAUUCGGUUUGGGAUCCAGACUUCCACAAAAAGCACAUGGCAGCAAUAAGCAGUGACAAGUUUGACAGCCUCCUGAAGAUGUGUCCGAAUUUUUACGACUGCAAGAGCCACAUGGCGGCAUUUGUAAUUGUAAGAGCGGGUCAGCCAUGUGAUCAUUACCAAGUGGUGGCGCUAGGAGCCGGCCGCUUCAGCUGCACAGAUUGGCUUUGCUUCAACGGCACCAUCGUACACGACUGUCACGCCGUCGUCAUUGCCAGGCGGGCACUCCAAAGGUUCUUCUACAAGCAACUUUUGCUCUUCUUCAGCGUCGACCCUGGGGUCAAAGAGCACUGCAUAUUUGAGAGCAGCACAGAUGGACCACAGCUUCAGCUUAAAGCGAAGACCAGCCUGCACCUCUACACCAAUCAGUGUCUUGAAGGAGCUGCUAAAAACUUCGACUUGAGGGGCUCGACCUACAACACAUCGACCCCUCUGAAGCUGCAGUAUCAUGCCAAGAGCCUGCUCAUACCGGCCUCCUACCUUGACCCGAGCUACUGGGGCGCCAAAGUGUGCAGCAUGUCGGGCAGUGACAAGCUGUGCCUGUGGACCUUCGUGGGAGUACAAGGCGCUCUGCUGAGUCACUUCAUCCAGCCAAUCUACAUCACCAGCAUGGUGCUCGGAGGCCAGAAGAUGCACGUCCACCACUUGGCAGACAUCACCAACGUGCGUCUGGGCGAAGGCUGGGAUGACAUCCUGCCGUCGUCCUACAAGAAGCAGGACAUUGUCUUUCUGCACUGCGAUGAGGUGAAAACCAGAGAGGUGUGGCCGCAGCAUGACGUCCUCAGCGUCAACUGGUGUCUCGGGGACAAAGACAUCGAGGUGGUGGACAGCAGCAAAGGCUUCAUCGAUGACAGUUCUCCAUCCAUGAGCGGACCCGGCUUCUCCAGCAGGCUGUGCAAGCGAGCUCUCUAUAGUUACUUCCGGCAAGUGGCCCCGCUGGGCGGACACGGGUACUUGCUGGAUCUGCCAACCUACCACAGCGUCAAGGCGGAAGCGUCGGUCUACCAGACGGUCAAAGAGCUGGUCAAGCAAUACUUCCUCAGCAUCCAUGCCGGUCCUUGGAACGCCAAGAAGCUGGUGGACUGCUUCAGUGCCUGAAGACACUCCUUGAAGUUUAGUUUGUGUUUAUCCCCUACAAGCGCUGUUGGUAAAAAUGAUAGUUUCUGUUUUACGGGUAUAUAAAGCUACAUUUAGGCGGAUUGUUGGUCGCGUGUCAUGUGUUGUUAGUUCAAAAGUUAUUUAUUGUUGAUAGUCUAUAUAAAGCCACCUUAGUGAAACAAUACCAUUUGCAGGUUUGUGUAUUGGUUCACAUUAUUAUACACAUUGAUGAGCUUUCAAAUAUGAAUUUAAACUAUUUAGCACAGUUAGCAACGAAGCCAAACAUAAGCAUGAUGGACUCAAAUCAAAGAUGCAGUUAUAAAUGCAGUAAGUGUUCAAGAAAUAAUCCAAAAAUGAUCAGUUUCCUCCUAAAGUUAAAAAAAAAAAAAAAGCAGAGUCUGGCUUGCAUCAUGUCACGUGCGUUUUUGUGUCUCAUAGUCACAAUGUCUCCUCACCAGUUGCUUGGCAACAAGCUCCUCCUUGGUCCUGAUGCAAUGUUUUCAUAAUUGAAUGAUGCUUUGUGAUACUUAGCAGAAACAAAGAACAAUGGCGGUUGCAUGAUACAAUUAGGAAGAUUUAAUGAAACUUUUCAGUGUCCAUGCUGACCGGUUCCUACAGCUGGGUGGGCGGGUUUUGUCACCCUCGUGGUGGGGUUAGGCACGGCGCCCACACCUGGAUAGCUCGUCUGGGCUCGUGGAAAAGUCAGGGGAUUGAUAAAAAGACCUGCAGGAUUGAUUUAAAUAUCUAAAUAAGGGCUGCAUAAACCUCCAUUGAGGCUUAAAGCAUUUACAUCAGUGGUGGUCCUCACCAAGGUCAGGUCUCUUGCAGGACCAGCCCCUCUGGCUGGACUCAUAAGAGGCCGAGGUGCUGUCAGUGGAGCUGGAUUUGACCGAGCGGACGGACGGUACCCUUUGUGCGGGUUUGGCAACGGAUGCAGAGUGGCUCCACUCUGGAAGACAACAAGCCCGACGUUCAGUGCCAACAAUCUCCUGUUGAUUGACAUUAGAGGGGGAAAAGUACCAGAGUGCUCUUCAAGUAGAAAUUUCCCAAAACACAGAUGGAUCCUCCACUGUCUUCUGACGUUUUCCUUCAUCAGACAGUGGAAGAGAAAGAUGAACAUCCCUGGAAAACAAACAAGAAAAACAGAAUAAUACAGCAGUGUCAACCUUUACCAAGGCUGCAAAACAUAUCACUUAUGUACCAGUGACGUGUGGUCACGGAAGGCAGGUCAUAAUUUCUUUAUUUUUUAAUGUAUAAU